AGUUAACAGCCAGUCUGGGACCAGGAAAGACCUUCAGUCGGGGACGCGCGCGCCAGUCAUGUGACGGUUGAGAGGUAGCGUGAAAUUAGAAGUUCUCAUUUAAAACCCGCGUUUCGCCCCGCGAGAACAGGGCAGAGCGUUGGCGCCUAGGCCUUUGAGCCGCGAGGCUGGGUUGUUGACUGUCAAGGCAUACGCCCAAGCGCCGCUCGGAGGCUCCUGAAAGAACUCCGUUUGUGGUGGAAACGGCGAUAUAAAAUGAGGCUGGCGGAGGGCUUGAUAGAGGAAAUGGAUCAGAAGGAACCAGUGUCCACUAGGCUUCCCUCCAUUACCUCAGAACAUGGGAAUUAUUCUGUGCACCAGAAUAGCCACAAGAGGUACCAUGAAGCUGUACGGAAGGUGUUAUUACAGAGAUUCCCCAAUCAGGUCUUCAGAGUCCCUCUGACUGAUGCUCAGAACUUCAGCUUCUGGUGGUCCCAUGAUCCAGGAGUACAACCAUGGGAAACCAUGCCAUGGAUCCAAAGCCCACGCCACUGUCUCAUUAAAAGCCCAAUGACCAGGUUUAUCGAUCACUGUAUUCUCAAUGACAGAACCUUCAGUCAAUAUUGAGGACAGUGUGGUUGCAGAUGGACAGAGGAACCAUGAAAGGAGUGUAAACUGGGGAAAACGGAAGAAGUAUCCCAGUUCCUAUAACUUACUAAUGGCAGGAGGGGAUCAAGAAAGCAGAGUAAACGAAUUGGGCUAGCAGUCACUUUGUCACUGGGAGAUGGGAGAUGGGGAUGAGGAAAUACACCAAUAUCCAGACUGC